UACAUUUAAGGGAUCACGAUAGAGUUGAGAGAGAGAGAGAGAAAAAAAACGAGGGCUAAGAUAAACAAAAAAAAGACAGAAUGUGUAAGAACAAUACCAAAAUCCUCGUCACAGCUCUUGUGAUGGUUGUAACCGCCGCGUUGAUGAUUGAAGAAGCUACGAGCAUUCCCAUAUGUGGCGUCAACACAAACGACUUGAAGAAAUGUAGUCCAGCUGUCACUGGAAACAACCCACCACCUCCCACUCCCCAAUGCUGCAAGGUGGCCAAAGCCGCGAAUCUUGAAUGUCUCUGCCCGUACUUCACCAGGUCCGGGAUUGACCCGGCAAAAAUCAAGGCUCUAGGGACCAAUUGUGGCAUUACUAAAAAUCCCUCCUGUUUGCCAUGAUUGAAGAACUGAGCUGGAAGGGACAAAUGCUGGCCUGCCACAAGAUUAAGUCUCUAAGUUGUUAUGUCUUUUGUUGUUCUAUAUAAUUCGAAUAAACCACCAGAUUUUGCAAUUAUUUUUCAGUCACCUUUUUCUAAAUAAAAAAACCGUGUUCUAUAUAUUUAAUAAAUAAAUAAAGUACUGUUUUGUCUUAA